AACCAGCAGCACGAUUCGUUCAUUUCAAAGAUUCGUUCAAAAACACCGAAUCGUUAACAGCACAACUGUAAUCCACUUCGAGAUAUUUAGCUAACGUUACAUGGUUUGGAUACAGUCUUGGAUAUCGUUUUUGCGAAAAAAAAAAAGUAAACUGGCGUUCAAAACAGAUCUCAUGAGCCUCAUCGAUGGAAACUUUUUAAUCACGGAAACAUUAAUCUUCUGUGUUUCUGGUUUUGGGUACUUUGUGCUGUCCCAGCUAAUGUAGUUGCAGCGGUCAAGUAUAAGAUUGCUGUUAUUAGAGCUGCCAUUUAACAUGUUUUAAAGGAUCUGUUUCCAUACGCUGGCAGCAUCACGUGCAAACCUGCCAACGCCUUUUCUCUCUUUGGCUUCGUUAUUCUCCAAGCUCUAGGAUAAUUACAACCGCGUUCAGUUUUAGAGUUUUUUUUAUUAAUUGUUUUAUAAACGUUUUGAAAAAUGGGUUGCACUUUAAGUGCUGAAGAUAAAGAAGCGAUGGAGAGGAGUAAGAUGAUUGAUCGGAACCUUCAAAAGGACGGAGAGAAAGCAUCCAGAGAAGUCAAACUACUGCUGCUCGGUGCUGGGGAAUCAGGGAAGAGUACAAUAGUUAAGCAAAUGAAGAUCAUUCAUGAAGAUGGUUACUCAGAUGAGGAGUGCAAGCAGUAUAAAGUCGUGGUUUACAGCAACACUAUCCAGUCCAUCAUUGCCAUUAUCAGGGCCAUGGGCCGUUUAAAGAUCGACUUUGGGGACUCUGCAAGAGCGGAUGACGCUCGUCAGCUUUUCGUGCUCGCGGGCACUGCAGAGGAAGGGGUCAUGACCCCUGAGCUCUCUGGGGUCAUCCGCCAGCUGUGGAAGGAUGAAGGAGUCCAGACGUGUUUCAUCAGAUCACGAGAGUAUCAACUCAAUGAUUCAGCAGCAUACUAUCUGAAUGACCUGGAUAGGAUAUCCCAGCCUACCUACAUGCCUACUCAACAAGAUGUGCUGAGAACUCGGGUCAAGACCACUGGCAUUGUAGAAACACACUUCACCUUCAAAGAGCUCUACUUCAAGAUGUUUGAUGUAGGAGGUCAGCGUUCAGAGCGGAAGAAAUGGAUUCAUUGUUUUGAAGGCGUCACUGCCAUUAUCUUCUGUGUGGCGCUCAGCGACUAUGACCUGGUCCUAGCUGAAGAUGAAGAGAUGAACCGAAUGCAUGAGAGCAUGAAGCUUUUUGACAGCAUCUGCAACAAUAAGUGGUUCACAGACACAUCCAUCAUCCUCUUCCUCAAUAAGAAGGAUCUGUUCGAAGAGAAGAUCAAGAGAAGUCCACUCACGAUAUGCUACCCAGAAUACUCUGGAACGUAUGCAUAUGAGGAAGCAGCGGCCUACAUCCAGUGCCAGUUUGAGGAUCUGAACAAAAGAAAGGACACUAAGGAGAUCUACACACACUUCACCUGUGCCACAGACACCAAGAACGUACAGUUUGUGUUUGAUUCAGUCACUGAUGUCAUCAUCAAGAAUAACCUCAUAGAGUGUGGCCUCUAUUGAAGCAUCAUCUGUGUGCUAAGUCGUUUAUGGAAGAUUUCUGAGCUUCACUGGCUGGUUGUUCCUGGUUUUGUCCGUUUCCUCCGGCAGCGGAUGAGCGAGAGAGACUGCCACCCCGAUGCAU